UCUGUGAUAAUAUUAUUCAGUACCUAUUUGAUAUUUUUAUUUUACAUUCACAAUUUGCUUAAGUCAAAAAUCGAAAACUAAAACGAAGUACGAACAAAUUCAACAAUUAAUAAUGUCAUAGUCACACCGAAUUUUAUAUUAAUAUAAAAUCGCUAGAGAAUAAUGUGCCUUAUGUAGCACUCCGUACUGAAUAAUAGUGUGUGAUCCAACUCCAAAGAAAAACGAUGACUUUUCGAUCAAGACGACAAAACAUAUAAUAAAAUGAUGUUUAAGGCACUGUAUAAAAUGCGGCCUAUGUGUGGCUUGCAUUGUCCCCUAAACUCUUUGUUCAACAAACAUUUACAUAAUACUAGUUCAAAUAGUGCACAAAAAAAGAGAAUACGUUCUACUGUAUAUUAUCUUUCUUCACUAGGAGUAUUAACGGUCGGUCUUAGUUAUGCGGCUGUGCCACUGUAUAAAAUGUUUUGUCAGGCAUUCAGUUAUGGUGGAACUCUGAACCAUAACAUAGAAGAUUCUAAAGUAGAAACAAUGAAACCCAAUAGAAACCGAGAGAUCAAAGUUCAUUUCACUGCUGAUACGUCAUCCAGUAUGCAAUGGAGCUUUAAACCUCUUCAGAAUGAAAUCAGAGUAGCACCAGGCGAAACAGCAUUAGCAUUUUAUACAGCUAAAAAUCCAUUAGAUAAAGCUAUUACAGGUAUCAGCACAUACAAUGUUGUACCUUUUGAGGCAGGACAAUAUUUUAAUAAAAUACAAUGUUUUUGUUUUGAAGAACAACAGUUGAAUCCAAAUGAAGAGGUUGAUAUGCCAGUAUUUUUUUUUAUUGAUCCUGAGUAUACUACCGAUCCAAAAAUGGAGAACAUUGAUGACAUAACACUGUCGUACACAUUCUUCGAAGCCAAACAAGGUGUAGAUUUAUCAAAUAUUUUCAAACACUGAAACAAUAGAUAACAUUAUGAGUUAUGUUUCUGGUAGUAAACAUUGUUAAUACAAUUGCGUACAGGCAUUGUUUUUACAUAUUUUAAUGUAAACAAAAUUUAAAAUAUAUAUUUUAUAAAAAGUUUUAAAACUUAAAAAUAUGUUA